AUUUCCCAUCCAAACUAACUCACAAACACUUGAAACUUCUUCCCUCUCUUUUCUCUCUCCUCCUCUCUUCCACACAUAUUGCACAAAGUGAAGUCUUAAAUGGCAAACUAUGCAAUGUUGUUCUUCUUAUUUUCUCUUUUUGCUCCUUCCUUUGUUCUUUCUUCACCAACAGUUGCUUCUGAUCCUGAACUUGUAGUACAUGAGGUACAUAGGAGUAUCAAUGAGUCAAUUGCUAGGAGAAGCUUGGGGUACCUCUCUUGUGGAACAGGAAACCCCAUUGAUGAUUGCUGGAGGUGUGAUCCAAACUGGCACGAGAACCGCCAGCGGCUAGCUGAUUGCGCAAUUGGGUUUGGUAAGAAUGCCAUUGGAGGUAAAAAUGGGCGCAUUUACGUGGUGACGGACUCUGGUGACGAUGAUCCGGUUAACCCGAAACCAGGUACCCUUAGGUAUGGUGUGGUCCAAGAUGAGCCAUUGUGGAUCAUAUUCCAAAGGGACAUGGUAAUCAGAUUGAAAGAAGAAUUAAUCAUGAACUCCUUCAAGACAAUUGAUGGCAGGGGAGCUAGUGUCCACAUUGCUGGUGGACCAUGUAUUACCAUACAAUAUGUGACCAACAUCAUCAUACAUGGAAUUAACAUACAUGAUUGUAAGCAAGGUGGGAAUGCUAUGGUGAGGAGCAACCCACAUCAUUAUGGAUGGAGGACGAUAUCGGAUGGUGAUGGAGUGUCUCUCUUUGGUGCUAGCCAUGUCUGGGUAGACCAUUGUUCUCUGUCAAACUGUGCUGAUGGAUUGAUUGAUGCCAUCAUGGGUUCUACUGCCAUCACCAUUUCUAACAAUUUCAUGACUCAUCAUGAUAAGGUCAUGUUGUUAGGUCAUAGUGAUUCAUAUACUGCAGACAAGAAUAUGCAAGCCACCAUUGCUUUUAACCAUUUUGGUGAAGGUCUUGUUCAGAGGAUGCCAAGAUGUAGACAUGGAUACUUCCAUGUGGUAAACAAUGACUACACCCAUUGGGAAAUGUAUGCCAUAGGUGGGAGUGCUAACCCUACCAUCAAUAGCCAAGGCAACAGAUUUUUAGCACCUGAUAGAAGAUUCAGCAAAGAGGUGACUAAACACGAGGAUGCCCCAGAAAAUGAAUGGAAGAAUUGGAAUUGGAGGUCAGAAGGUGACCUAAUGCUGAAUGGUGCAUUUUUUACGCCGUCGGGUGCUGGUGCUUCAGCAAGCUAUGCAAGGGCCUCAAGCUUGGGGGCUAGGCCAUCAACUCUUGUUGGCUCAAUUACUGCUGCUUCUGGUGCACUUAACUGCAGGAAGGGUGCUCGCUGCUGAUAUGUAAUAACUUUGCUUAACAGCAGCAAACUAUCUCAACUCAAUUGGGUUCAAGUUGGACCAUUAAUUAAUUGAUAGGAAUUUUUAAUGAAGAGGGGGGAUCAAUUAUAAAUGUAAGGGAAGAAACAUAAUAUAUUCUACAGUUUCUUCCUGGUUUUUUUUUUUUUUUUUUUUCACUUUUUGACUUUGUUUUUUAGCCUUCGUCCCCCCUUUUUUUUGUUGGUUUUCUUUUGACUGUCUUGUUCUCAGUUUGUUUGUUCUUUCUUUUCCUCCUUUUUUUUUUUCUUGGAUUGACCCAAGAAAUUACAACCUCGGCAUGUUACUCUUAACCAAUCGUUUCAAUUGUAAGGUUAGAGUUAACAAGUGCAGAUGCGUUGAUAUAAGUUAAUGAUACUACACUUUCUUAGCA